UGUUUUGAAGACAACUUCUACACUUCAAAGAAACAAAUGAAAGAAGAAAUUGACUUCAGGAUAACAGUUAAUGAGAAGACAGUGACAUCAUUAAGAAUUCCAGAAACUGGAUAAAGAAAUGCAAAUUCUCUUACCAAAUUUUCCCUGAUAUAGUGGUGGUGUUUGUUAAAAUCUUCGAUUUAGACUUAUUAAUAUAUAAUAAUGAACAAGUGACAACUGGACAAUUUUCAGUUUCAUUCAAGAUAAAUAACAGUUGGGUUAAAAGAAAAAUAUAUCUCUUUUUGUUAAUUACAGAAAAUACUAAGUUCUAAAAAAUACCUAUUGUAAACUAUAUAAAUUAUAGAGUCAAUGAGUGUAUAUAGGCUUCUAAGAAGAUGGGUAAAUAUAAAUUAAAGUCUCAAGGAGUUAUUGAGGCUUCAUGUUACUUGUCGACCUGUCAAGAAUUCCUCAGGUCUUAAAAUUAGAUUAAAAUAAACAGUGUCUACCCAGUGUAUAUAUUCUUCUUGAUUUCAAGCAGGUUAGAUGAGACAUAAAAAUAAGAACAAGUCUCACUUGGAACCAGGAAACAAUCAUUAAUAUUCCUUAAAACAGGAACAUGAGAUGCUCGAAAUGUUAAUUAUAAACCUUAGAUAAAUAAAAAAGAAUAGAAAUAUGAAUUGAUACUAUAACAAAAAUCAGGUUUAAGUAAAUGAAGAGGAAUCAAAGAAAUUCUAUUACAGUGGAAGUGAAACGGGAUGAAGUGAGUUAUGUUGGUGGUGGAGGUGGAGGCUAGCUGGCCAGGAGUCUGAAGAUGGAUACAACAUUGUUGCUCGUAAUUGUUGCUCUGAGCUUCCUCACCCUCCUCACUCCAUCCACAUCUGACCAAAAGGGUGCUGAGUGGAGUAGCAGCAACAACUACCUGGAGUUGGGGCCUCCAGGCAGGAAGGUCGACGGGGAGAGGUUUGUCACCCAGAACAACAGUGUGGUGACAGGCCAAGUGGGCGCCUCAGUCAUUCUUCACUGUAAGACGUCCAGUGCUACUGGAGGCCAGGUGUCGUGGGUGAGGAAGAGAGACUACCAGCUACUAACAGUGGGUAUCAAUUCACAUUCCAGCGAUGAUCGCUUUUCCAUGAACUACGUCCACUGGGUGAGUCAAAGUUAUUGA